AUGGACUCCUGCAAGUGUCAUGGCGACGUCUGCGUAUUGUUGAGAUUGGUCCCAAAACGGAGAGUUUUGCCCUGUUUGUCUGCCAAUUUGACACGAAGAAACCGGUUCAACAAGUUCACCCGUUCAUCCACAAAAACUCACCAGAUCCACAAGCCCAUCAUCAUGUCUGACGCCCCAGCCGCCCCUGUUACUGAAAACGGCGUGCCUCCGGUAGCGCAAGAGAAAGUCGAGGAAGCGCCUGGCUUCAAGGUUUUUGCCGGGAAUCUUGCUUACACGACUACCGAUGAAGGGCUGAAGGCAUUCUUUGCUCCUGUCGCGAGCGACAUCCUUUCUGCUCAGGUCAUUCUGCGCGGCACCCGCUCUGCGGGCUAUGGAUUCGUUGCUCUCGCCACGGCAGAGGCCACUCAAAAGGCCGUUGACACACUCAACAAGACGGAGCUUGAUGGUCGUCCGGUGAUCAUUGAGAUCGCCAAACCGUCCGAACAAAAGGACAAGGAGAAGAAGGAGAAGAAAGCGAAGAGGAAGCCCGGCAGGCGUGGCAGCAAGGCUGUCCCCGGUGAAGUCUCUGAAGCUGAAGCAAAUGGCGAGGCUUCUAAGACCGACGGCGCUGCUGUGCCAGAGUCUGAUGAGGCAGCGAAGCCCAAGAAGAAGAAAAAGAAGUCUGCCCGCAAGUCCAAGAAGGCUGCUGCGACCACCGAGGACGGCGCUGAAGCUGCACCUGCUGAUCCACCUACCGCAGAUGGCGAGGCUUCUGCCACUGAAGGUGCGGCUGCUAAGAAGCCUCGUGCCCGCAAGGCCAAGGCGUCUCGCCCUCCUCGCCCUGCUGGCGAGGACCCUGCAGGGGAACCUUCCAAGACGAUGCUUUUCGUGGCCAACCUCGGUUUCAGCGUCGACGAUGCCGCCCUUAGCACCCUCUUCACUGAGGCUGGUAUCAAGGUCGUCAGCGCUCGCAUCGUUCGCAGGCGCUGGGGUCAGCCCAGGAAGAGCAAGGGAUAUGGCUUCGUCGAUGUCGGCAGCGAGGAGGAGCAGAAGAAGGCCAUCACCGCCUUGGAGGGCAAGGAGGUUGGCGGCCGCGCAAUUGCUGUUAAGAUUGCCGUUAAUACCCCCCGCGAGGAGACAGCUGACGAAAACCCCUCUGCAACUGACGGUGCUGCUCCAGCUCCAGCCGCUGCUGCCCCCGCUGUCCCUGCUGCUGCUGCUGCCACUGCCACUGCCGCCCCUGCUGCUGCCGCCACUGCCGCCGCUAAAUGA